UUACGUUAAAAACUUUUUUGGAAUGGUUUAAUGCUAAUUAUGUGAGUAAUGUAUUUCACACUCGGAAGCUUGAUGCUACUUAUACGUCUAGGGAAUGCAGCGGUAUAAAUGAUAAGCGGACCUCGUUGGCACACUUCCUGGUGGGUGGGUUUUGGGGGUUUUCCGUUUUUUCAUAGGUGUGAAAGAAGCUCUGCUUCCGAGAAGAGGAUAUGAUGCUCAGAGCACAAAAUGCAUCUUCUGAUGGUGAUGGGCUUACUGGUGUGGAGGGCUGGAGAAGGCCACGGCGUCCUGCAGGCGCUCACAUGCCCGUACCAAGUCGACCAGAGCACUCUGCCCAGAGUCUGGUGCAAACAAACCAGCGCAGAGUGCUGCAGAGGCCUCAUGUACGAUUACAAGUACCCUCAUGAUGGGGACCCAGUGAUCCACGAGGACAUGGGGUCCUUCACCGUCUCCGUGGUCAGCCCCCCCAACGGCGCCGGGGUGUACUGGUGCGGAGUCAUGGCCAACAGCUCGGUCCUCAUCAAACUGGCGGAGAGCUACUUCUACGACUCCACUUCCGCGUACAUCUGGAGCAUCGCUCGCUUUGUGGUGUUGCCCUCAUUCCUCAUCCUUCCUUCCAUACUCGCCCUCAACGUGCUGGUCACCAGUCGCUCAGAACGCAAAAGACAUCAUGAGGAUUCAACUAAGGUUCUGGAAGAACCUGAAGCAAUAUAUAUAAAUCAAUAAUCAACCACUCAUGUGGAGCAUGUCGGAGCCGAUUGAGGACUAUCCAUGGUUAUACUGCCCCCUGUUGGUAAAGACCGACAAUGCAAUACUCAAACGCAACAGCCUAGAUGUGACCAAUAUAAUAAAAAGAGCUAGAUUAUAUUUAUCUAUCCAUAUAUCUAUACAUCUAAAGAUAUAUAGAUGGAUAAAGAUACAUAUAGUCUUGUCCUUAUACUAUUGCCUCUUGAAGUCGACCAGAAGAUCCCCCCCCCCCCC